CGCUUAGCCACUUGGGUGCCGUCGGAGUUCAAAUAUCGACCGCUUGCCGACAAAUCCUUGAAGGGGACCGUUUGCUUUGCACUCCUGUCGUUAAUUGCUUUCUAAGUCUCUGCCAUCCAUUUAUUAUAAUGGAGUCAAGGAAGAGACCCUACUCAGACGACGGUGAUGCCUCCCAGGUCAAAAAACGUGUCUUCACCGGUUUCAGCGGCAGUCCGGAGCUCAAUGGUGUGAGAGCAGAUUCAGCAGAGCCCACAGAGAACGAUCAGCUUGAGCUCUUUCGCAAGGAUGCCAUCUUCCGGAGGAUGAGACACUACUCAAGGGAAAACGAGAAGAGCCAGGCGCGCAUUGCACAGCUAGAACAGAGGAAAAACUCGUGUGAGGCGGGUUUGGUUGCUAUUGCAGCAUGUUGGCAGCAGCUGGUAGAAACUAUUCGGACACUUACCUCCCAGGACGACUUGCCUGCAGUGGACGUGGAUACUAAAGAUCUUUUCGACCUCUCUCAGCAUGUCACCUCCGACUUUGGUUUGAAGGCCGCUCUCGAACAGAACAUGCAUGCGACUCGGAGGCUCGUCACGGCUUUCUUGAAGUCAGGCCCGGCAGCAGUUAACGAUGCAUACGAGAGAUUUCAGAAGACGGAAACUGAGUGUACAGCUCUACGUUCGGAAUUGGUUGUCGUGCGGAAGAGGCUUGAGGAAGCCGACGUUGACGUGCGCAAAUACCGUGAACAUCUUGCCGCUGCAGAGAUACGGAUAGAUCGUCUACGGAGUAAUGCAGUUGCUGCUAUACAAACGAAGUCGUCUCCGAAGGAAGAUGCUAUGGAAGAAGAUUCCCGACCAACUGAGGGUCCCAGUCCAGAUCCUUCAGGCUCACCACCGCCUCCCGAACUGAAUGGACACGAUCACACUCCAGCGGGAGAUUUAGAGGAGCUCUGUGAGAAGUUAAAACACAGGGAGGCCCGUAUAACUUCAUUGGAGAACGACAAUGCUCGGUUAGUGGAGGAAGUAUUUAAACUCAAGGUCGAGAUUGAGGCACCAACCGUUGAGACCAUUGCGGAGACGGCCCAUUAUAAGUUAUUAAUGGAUCAUGCUUCUCAACUGGAACACACGGUUGGCGAAUACACGCAAGAGGUCUCUCAGCUUAAUGAGACGAUCGAUAAGCUUCGGUCUUCUCGGAAAGAGUUCGAGGACGAUACUAUUGUUGCCUCACAACAAGCGCAACAAGAACUGAAAACGCUCUUGAGUAAACGUGAUGCCGACAAUCUCCGACUAAGGGAGACGCGGGAUCAGUAUGGCGCUGAACUGGCGGAGCGCAAGGCAAAAGAUUCUGUGAAACUGCAGUCCUUGCAGGAACUCAAGGAUCUGGCAGAGUCACGUUCAGAACGAAUAGCACAGUUACAGUCAGAAAUCGCACGGCAUAAGGCGAAAAUCGCUGCGCAAUCCAGUGAUGAGGACCUCAUGAAAUACUUCUUCGAGGGCAAGGUCGAUGACAUCGAGUACGUCCGUAACUUGAAGCGAACACUCGAAUUGCAUUCUUCAGGAAAACGGAAAUGAAGUUGGUUGCUUUCGAGCAAUCGCUAUCUACAUUGCAACGUGAAUGUCCAGAUGUCUCUCGGCACGUCGCAGCGGAGGCAUCUGCUCGCGAGGAACUUGAGAAGGCGUCUAAAGAACUCACACGUUAUCGUUCUAUGCUUGGAGAGGCGUCGGAUGCAUCGGCAUUAGCACGUCAGUUGCGGGACAAGGAAGCCGAGUUACAGAAAUUGCGCUUGCUUGUAGAGCAACAAUCGCGGGGCGA